UUUAUUUUCUUAUUCUUUUAGUUCCUCCUUCCCAAACACUACACGAGUCCGCAACUACCAGUCUCACCACUUGAUCUAGUCGUACUGUUGUUCUUCCACUAAAUCUCUGAUCUCCUCCUCUGUUUGUCGCCGAGUUUGAGUCGGAUAUGGCUGCGCUGAAUGAGCGUAUUCUUUCUUCCAUGAUGCGAAAAUCAGUCGCUGCUCAUCCUUGGCAUGAUCUAGAAAUAGGUCCUGGAGCUCCUGCUGUUUUUAACUGUGUGGUUGAAAUUGCCAGAGGAAGUAAGGUUAAAUAUGAACUUGACAAGACAACUGGUCUUAUCAAGGUUGAUCGAGUCCUUUACUCAUCAGUGGUAUAUCCUCACAACUAUGGCUUUAUCCCUCGCACACUCUGUGAGGAUGGUGAUCCGAUGGAUGUGCUGGUACUCAUGCAGGAGCCUGUGAUCUCUGGUUGCUUCCUGCGUGCACGUGCUAUCGGGUUGAUGCCUAUGAUUGAUCAGGGCGAGAAGGAUGACAAAAUAAUAGCUGUUUGUGCUGAUGACCCUGAGUUCCGCCACUACAAGGACAUCAAUGACCUUCCUCCUCACCGCCUUGCAGAAAUCCGCCGCUUCUUUGAAGACUACAAGAAGAAUGAGAACAAGGAGGUAGCAGUGAAUGACUUCCUACCAGCUGAAGAUGCUAUAACAGCAAUCAAAUAUUCAAUGGAUCUUUAUGCUUCCUACAUUGUUGAGAGCUUGAGGCAGUAAUAUCUACCUGACUCUGCUGUUACUAAUAUGCUGGUGCUGUAUGUGAGACAUUUAGUGUAUGCUACGUUUGCACACGAUCUUAUUCGACUUUGCUCUGCUUUCCUGAUUCUUCAAGCUUGAAAGGCCUUUGGUCUUUUGUAUUCCUAAAACCUUGUUGGCUACCAUUCGUACAACCCCCUUAUGGCAUACCAACUCGCAUGAUGUCAUUUUUCACUA